GUUAAAACUGAAAAUGAAAGUAGGAAAGGGAUAAAGUCUGAGCUCCGUAUUCCCGUAACACACAUUCUCCCGACAGCAGGAGUAUCUGACCCACAGCAAGAUAGUGCUGCCUUUGAAUAUGAAUUUGAAUUGAAACCUUCUAUAUGGUGACUGAUCAGAGUAAAUGUUAACAAGAUGAGCUUUGUUUUACUCAUGACCAUACUCUUCUUAAACCUCAUCUCUAGAACUUACUCGGCUAAUACCGCUUGCCUCUGUGAAAGCAAACACAAAUAUAAAGUGAAGAGCAGUGGAAAUCUUACCAUAAAUUGCACUGGUAUUGCCGAAGAAGAGGAUGCAAAAGUGAACUUCACCUUGUAUCAAAGGGAUGACCAAGGAAAUUGCAAGGGACGGUCUUCUCUGAGCAUCUAUCCUAAUGAAAGAAAGAGAUUUGUGAACGUCAAUGUGUUCCUCAUUUACCAUAAGGAUAACAAAUCUGCAGAUUUUACCAUUUAUGAUAUACGAGAGAAUAAGAGCUACUGCCUUAGUGUGAAAUGGUCUGGAAACAACAUUAAACCAGAAUCUUGCCCCAUUGAUGUGACGGUGGAAGAUCACUUCGACCCACCAAUGGAAAGUACAACCCAAAGUUCUGAGAAAUUGGAAGGACAAGAGACGUCACAUGAUAACCAAAACCAAUAUUUAUGGUUUUUGACUAUGCUCAUUUUGGUUGCAGUAACAAUAGUAGCAGCUGCCUUCUUCAUUUAUAAGAGAAAGCUGAAGAAUAUACAAAGGCAAGUGCAUGAGUUGCAGCAAUCAAUGCUAGAAUAAGACAACAAAUCUGAGACGAAUGUACCAUGCCAACAACCAAAGCCAGAAGCAAGUGGGCACAAUGAAUCCACCACUUUCACUUACACCUAGAUUUAUUGAAAUUCAAGUUUUUCUAUGGUUUGAGAAACUUGGAUAUUGAAUCCUGAAAAUGAAAAUAAAAAAAGUCCCUGAGGAAAAUCUGGCAAUGGGCUGCAUUUUCUGCAUUCAAGCUGUUUUAAAAUUCUAUUUUUUUUUUUUUUUUAAAUCAAAUUUUUUAAAUGAAUGGAAUAAUGUGAUAUUCAUGGCAAUCAGGUUUCCUUUGUCUACAAUGAGACUGGAAUAUAACACAAACAAAUUAACACAGCCGUUAAUGUCUGGUGAUUUAUUUGGAGCACUGGUAGACGAAAGAAGAGAUCAGAAAUUAUUCAAAUACUAUGGCAUUUGUUUUCUCUUCUCAAAUUGGAAUACACAAAUUAGGGCUGCAAAUCAGUUUUAUACUCAACCAAAAUUUGGCAGUGUGAUUGUGCUGAUAAAUGUUUAUACACAAAUAGACAAAAAAAGUUUUGUUUCACGUAAUUGUUUCUUCUGAACAUGUGGGUUCCUCUUGAGGUUCCCAUUUACUGAGGGUGAAAUGUGGAGCCAGCAAAAAAAAAAUCAUACAGUUAAACCUCAAAUUUAAAUUUUAACUUGAAAUGUGGAGUCCACACAGCAAGGCUUAUACAAAGCAAAUCCUAGAAACAAAUUGGUAGUGUUAUAGGGAUGCAUCAAAUCCUGGAUUCUUUUGUUCUAUGUACAAAAGACCGUAAGCACCAAAUCAAUGAUCUUGAAUCUGUAUUUUUUUGUUAAAAUAUUAUGCCAUUUUUUUUUACUCUCCUUAAAUUUGAUUAUGCAAAUUAGGGUUCAAAUUCAGUCAUUGUAUCCAGCAGAAUCCAAACAUUGUUGAGAGGCCAAUUGAUAUGUGCAAGCAAUGGCAUGACAUUUUUUUGGGGGCCAUGCAAAUUUUUGGGUGUUGCGAACAAAAUUGUGUAGAAGAAGACCUGCCCCCCCCCCCCAUAGUGGGGUCUGCUUUCUCUAUAGUUAUGCCACGGUGUGCAACAUCAAUAUACUGGCUUCAAAAAGGUUAAUUCUGUAAACUAUAUUAAUGUUUGGUCCCUGGAAAUUAUUGGGCAUUGCAGAUCAUUGUAGGUUUCCUGUAUAGAGGAAGCGGACCUGCCCCUCCUCCAUGGAGUGCAACAUCAAAUUGCUGAAUUCAAAAGGUUGUUUGUGUAAAAUAUAUCAGUACAGAACAUUGGAAUGUGAUAGAAGCCACAUGGAAACGUUGGGUUGGAUAACUGAAACAUAGGAACUUUUGUAAAUAUGCUUUAAAGGAAAAGGAUGUCCAGGCAAAUGACAUUUUAGACAAUGUCAGAAAGUAUAACAGGACCAUAAAACAUAACGGGGAGAUAGAGUCUGAAGGGGCACAUACUUAGGGUCCAAGUGUCCACCACUGUUGCACCCUAGACACGUGACUAUUAAUGUAGCAUUAACCUUAAGAUUUGGGCUUCUUUACCAGACCAAGGCCCCCACAACCCUUUAGCACACAAGAUCUGUGCUUCUGAAGAUGCCCCCAGUAGCCCCCAUCUUUUCUUCUGCAUUUUCCUAGCACAGUAGAAGAGCUACUGUCAAUUACCAGAGCUUAGGGAACAACUCACAAUAUACAUUAUAUAAAAUAAAAGUUAGGCUACAAAGCUCACUAGUAAUUAAUUCAAAGUCGCAUUAUACAGCAGUCCAGAUCACACUGAGUAUGUGCAAUGCUACUGACUCGAUAGAUGGCCUAACAAGAUCCAAGAUGGGGAGAUGUUGGGUACAACUUUAAAGGCCUGGAUAUUAAUGUUAUAGAGCUGCUGAACCUCUGGGAUGGUACAGUAAGUUCAAUAUAUAAAAUACAACAUUUCUUUUAAUAUUCUAUUUUUUAACUUUAGUAUGUUCGUGUUCAAAGUUUUUUUAAAAAAUGUAAGUUGAUCUAUUUAUGUCACCUUUUAUAUUCACGACGCUAUCACUGCUGCUUAUAACAUUAUAUGGCAAUCAGCUUAAAGGAAGCCAAUGUGUGAUUUGGCCAAGAAUUAUAUGUAAAUGCUAUUUGUAUUUGCGAAUGAACAUUGGAAAAGUCGGGCAGGUAACAGACUAAUAGAAUAUGGAAAGGAUAACAUCCGUGAAAAAUAGGAAAUCACCCUUGAGUAGGGUAUAAAUAAGGGUAAUGGGCACAGUACAAAGUGUUAUCAACAAUACCUAAACUUCCUUCUGUUAUUAGAUUUCAAGGACAAAUAACCUGUUGUUUAAUGUAUUGGGUUGGGAUUGUGAACUUGUAGAGUUUCCCUUAUGCUUCUUGUUAUGUUUUCUUUGUAGAAACCCACUUGUAUUAAUUUGUAAAUAAAUGAUUUUUUAAAAACAAAA